AUGUCGAACUCUGUUUGAUCAGUACAAGCAAGGGAUGUCUCAAGCCAUGUUAAUUCAGUGGUUCUCUCAUUCUGCAAAAUUUCAGUUUCUCAACCUAUAAGUUUUGGCCGAGUAUUGGAAGAUUCUCAGAUCAAGACACUAGAUUUUUGUGGUUGAGGUAUGGAAGAGUAUUCUGAUUGGCAAAACCACCCUGAACAGCUCAGAAAUUUGAUGGAAGGGUUAACUACUUAUCAAGGAUUGAUGAAAAGCUUAUUUACACUCAAAAUAAAGGAUUGUGGUAUUGAAGCACAGAGUAUUAGAAAUAUUUUAGAAGAAAGUGGAUGUAAUCAUCUUUUUAUCAGUAUUUGGUAA